UCAGGAUCAGAAGCCUCUUUAUUUACCCUUAGUUUAGUAAUUGAAGCGCUUGUAUUGGAUAGACUGAAAACGGAUAGUACCAAAUUGGAUGGGCAAAUGACAAAUGGUGUCUAUCCAGUGCAACAAUAUAGGAUAGCCAAGUUUGGGAAUAUAUGACCAAAACUAUGUUUUUCUCUGUGGGCACUAUCGCAAAGGGUUGCAUGGUGUCCAGUACACUCAACAAGAUUUGACUUUCUUUUUUCUUUUUUAAAACCUUUAUUCAAACAUUUGAAAAGCUCCGCCUCCCACAGAAGUGGAUUGCGCUCAUUUCGGUGCGGGAGAGCAAUAAAGGGGUUAAGGAAAGAAAACUGGAAAGUGUAUCAGUAUGGAAGAAAAUGAUCAUAGCAACAGAGAUGCGGUGCGCCAAGGGUCGGCGGACGAGUCAAACAGAGUGAUACUCCCUCUAUUACAAGCGCCGGGCAACCUGCAGCAGAUCCCGCACCGAGUCACCAAUUUCUUCAUCGAUAAUAUCUUACGGCCGGACUUUGGGAGGAAAAAAGAAGAUAACAUAAAUCAUGACGAAAGUAGUCACGCUACCAGAGAGAACCAUAGCCCGGCUGUUCCAAGAGCGGAGCAAGUGGGGAGUACUGUGCCAACGGAGGGAACUUCCACUCCUCAUCCAGGCGGCGUGGCCAAGAAGGCUGAAAUAGCGACCGAAGAGCCCCUGAAACCCCGGGGGGAGAAUGGAGAUCAGUGCCUAAGCUCGGACUCGGAUAGUUCUCAAGCCAGCUCAAUUACACCAUCCAAACCGCCUAUGCUCUGGCCAGCUUGGGUGUACUGCACCAGAUACUCGGACAGGCCCUCAUCAGGACCGAGAUCUCGAAAACCAAAGAAGAAAACCACCGCCAGGAAAGAGGACAAGCGACCAAGGACGGCCUUUACAGCUGAACAGCUACAAAGACUAAAAACCGAGUUUCAAACGAACCGGUAUCUGACCGAACAAAGGCGACAGACCCUGGCACAAGAACUCGGCCUUAACGAAUCUCAAAUCAAAAUCUGGUUCCAGAACAAAAGGGCAAAAAUCAAGAAGGCCACCGGCGCAAAAAACACCCUAGCCUUGCACCUGAUGGCACAGGGACUGUACAAUCAUGCUACGACGUCAAAAGAUGACAAAUCAGACAGCGAUUGAUUUCGAGCGAGAUACAGAUCAGUAUAUUUACAAUGCAAUAAUUUCAUCGAAUAAAGGGCCAGUGUAUAGAAUAUACCAGCAUAAAUUGAUACAUAUAUAGAUAUUUCUGCAAUAUCAUGUCUAUAAAAAUAUGUUGUAAAAAGGUACGUUUUCAAUCUCCUGUAACGUGUGUCGUUUUUCUUCCAGGAAAAGUAUAAAUGCUUGUUAUACACUUCAUUUUAUAUUGCUAUUCAUUGUCAUUUUUUACAUUAUAGCGCUUUUAUCUGGCACUUGACGUUGAGAUCUGUCAGUGAUGUGAAAAACAACCUGCUUAAGUCCAAAGAAUAUUUUCUGCUGCAUCCAGGCAACUGUGAAUCUUAAUACAUUUGCUGACAAGAUAUUUUAUUCCCAUGGUUAUUAUGGUUUUAUUGAGGUUUAGUGUAAAAAGGACAUAGCAAGGGUUUUGAGUGUCAGUGAUGUGCAGACUUAAUUGAAAAGUAGAUGGAUUUUAAUACUAUUUUUGGAAAAUUUAUAUAACCACAGAAGUGAUUGGGUAGCAAUGUUUUGGUUAGCAAACAUAAUACACGCAUUGCUAAUACGUAGGACACAAAUUUAGUUUUGUCUCAUAACUACAUCUAAGCCAAGUUCAUUUCCAUGAAACAUUGUGCGUGUUCUGUGUUAUAUCAGUGUACCAAGGCCUCUAUAAAUCGUUUUUGAAGAGCAAUAUAAAUCAUCUCUUGUAGCAAAUUGCUUUGAAUGAUUACAAUGCUUCCUAUAACGUGGGAGACAACUCUGUGGCAUAGUGACAAUGAUGACAAAACGUUUAACACACUCUUGGCUGAAAGUAUUAUAGGCCUACUUGAUCAAAAGUAGGCACAAGGUAUCUGAUGUAGGCUGUCAACUAUACGUCCCAUGGAGUUAUUUCUCUAUAUACAUGUUUAUUUAAUAUACAUAUAUAUCUUCUUUUUUUUUAACAGACAAAAACCAUUAGUGACUGUAUAACAAUUGUUGAAAAUCUCUUUUAUUGUUGUUGAAAGGAUUUCAUAUGUGUAUUUAUAUAUAUUAUAUUAAGGGGCAAAAAAUCUAUCCAAUGAACGGUGUUGCUUUAGAGUAGAUUUCUGAGGUAUUUACACUGCUUGUUUAUCCUGCAAUAACGUCUCUUUGAAAAUGGUUUAUGGGGCCUUUGCAUGAAAGCUGCAAUUUGUUGUACUUGGGCAAAUAACUGUGUUUAUAAACUUCUGUCUUUGUCGACAAGUGUAUGAUCAAGCUAAGUUUUAGACUAUCCAUACCAAAUUGUGGAUUUUUGCCUUUUGAAUUGUUUUGUUGUGUAUCUGCAAAAAGUGUGUUUGAAUUACAAUCCACCAAACUGAACACACUUUGCCUUAAAGUUCAAGCGAGAACUUUUUUAUGAGACAGAACUGUGCCGAAUCAGAGAAGCAGUAUUACUUCAAAAUGCAGACUAUUUGAUUCAAGAUUAUUGCCUUCAUGAAAACUGCUGGUGUGACAUAUUGAAUUUCCUCAUCAGCGAAUAUCUAUCUAUAGAUGAAUAUGUUUAAAUGAAAUUACAACACGGAGUUGUAUUAUUAUACAAUGCUAUUUUUAUUUUAUGUUCAACAUAUUCUUUGGUAUAAUGUACAUAACUUUCAUGUAUGUAUUAAUUGUGUAAUUAACUGCCUCAUGAAAAACUGGAAAAGAAAAGUCAAUAAACCUCGA